GAUUUGCGUAAGAAAAACUGGAAGUUGGUUGAAGCUUUGCAAAGUGCUGAAACAACAGCUAGACAGAAUAAAGCGCCUAAGAGCGCAAAUGAAAGCCUAGUUCAACAGCAGCAACUUUUCGCCGCUUCACAGAAACAACAAUCCUCCUCCGCCACAGCAAAUGCCGCAAGAACAGUUUCUGCUUUUGAAGAGAAACAUAUACGUGAAAUAUUCCAGCGCCUUUAUCCAGAGGCCGCUAAAGCUUGUGCCAGCACAGCACUCAGUGCAUCCUUUGAACAGUGGGUAGAACAAGUUUUGGCCACACAACUGAAAUUGACAACAGCUAGUAAAGCGGCUAGCAGCAGUAGUAACAAAUCUACACAAUCGAGUAGCAGCAAUAGCAGUAGCAGUAAUCACACCCCUUCAACCCACACCAACAAUAAUUCCCAUAAUGAUAACUUAACAAAUAAUAGCAAUAAUCGUAUUAGUAACAAUAGUACUGGGGAUGGCGAAAGUAGUGGUAGUGGUGGCGGCGGCAACGAUAUUGAUGCCGUUGAACUACGUCUACAGAAUACUCAACUCCGCGCCAAGGUGGAUGAGUUAACCAAGCUAGUUACAAAAACCGUAAGUCAACAUAGAAUUAGAAUUACAUUUAUAAAAGAAUGUGCAUGCAAAUUUACAGAUUUAAUAUUUUAAUUUACUAGGAAUAAUUUGUUUAAAAGAUGUUAUAAAAAA